AUUCGCCAGCAUAUAUGUGCCGGUAAGCGUGCAGCUCAUAUACAUACGUCUGUCUGCCGUCUGUUGUUCAGGUUUUAAUGCAGUCAUUACGCUUCCUACGACCUCUACGCUCAAGUUUCAAACUCCAAUCCUUCCACAAAGUUUACCUUCCAAAAGCAGCUUUCAGCACAACAAUAUCCACCAUGGCACAAGAGUUCAAGCUCAAGGACGUUACGUCGUUGAAUUUGAAGAACGGGGAGAAGAAGGAGGUUGAAGUCGAAGGUGUUGAGGGAGGAAAGGUACUGUUGUUGAAGGUUCAGGACAAGAUCCAUGCCACAUCAGCCAAUUGCACACAUUACGGAGCACCGUUGGUGAAGGGUAUUCUCUCACCUGAUGGAAGAUUGACCUGCGCUUGGCAUGGUGCCUGCUUCAAGGUCGCGACUGGAGAUGUCGAGGAUGCACCGGCACUCGACCCCAUCUCAAAGUAUGAGGUGUUCGAGCGGGACGGCGCUGUAUAUGUCAAGACGGACGAAGACACACUGAAGGCCAACCGCAGAGUCCUGAACGUCAAGUGUUCAUCUAUGAGCGAUGACAAGGUUCUGGUCAUUGGAGGUGGCUCAGGUACGCUAGGCGCGAUCGAGGGCCUACGAGGCGGAGGAUACACGGGCCAGAUCACCGUAAUUUCAAAGGAAGGCUACCAACCCAUCGACCGAACCAAACUGUCAAAGGCCCUAUUGGCAGACGUGUCGAAGGCGGCUUGGAGACAAAAGCAGUGGUACAAGGACGCUUCGAUCGACAUCAUCGAGGACGAAGCUAAGAGCAUUGAUUUCUCGGGUAAGAAAGUCUCCACCAAGUCUGGAAAGACGUACGAGUACUCGAAACUGGUGCUCGCGACUGGUGGAACCCCGAACAUGCUACCGUUGGACGGACUGAAGGGUGACCUGGGCAACGUGUUCCUGUUACGCACGCUCCCGGACACACAAAACAUCUUGAAAGCUGUUGGUGACAACGGCAAGAAGGUUGUCGUGGUAGGCAGCUCGUUCAUCGGCAUGGAGGUCGGCAACUGUCUCGCAGGCAUGAAGAAUGAUGUUACUAUUGUUGGCAUGGAGGAAGAGCCAAUGGAGCGGGUAAUGGGUAAGAAGGUUGGCAAGAUCUUCCGAGGCCUGCUCGAGAAGAAUGGCGUCAAGUUCAAGAUGGGCGCAAGCGUGGAGAAGGCCACACCAUCGAAGAGCGACUCAUCCAAGGUUGGGGCUGUACAGCUCAAGGACGGAACCACACUCGAGGCCGACCUCGUCAUUGAGGGUGUGGGUGUCAAGCCUGCAACGGAAUAUCUCAAGGACAACUCCAGCGUUAAGCUCGAGGAGGACGGCUCCCUCAAGACGGACGAGUCCUUUUCCGUGGCAGGCCUGAAGGACGUCUACGCCAUUGGCGACAUCGCAACAUACCCUUACCACGGCCCUGGAGGCAACGGCGCCCCGGUCCGAAUCGAGCACUGGAACGUUGCACAGAACGCUGGUCGUUCAGUGGCUAACACGAUCAACAACCCGGGAGCGAAGCCCAACGCGUUCAUUCCUGUGUUCUGGUCUGCCCUCGGGUCCCAACUACGCUAUUGUGGUAACACGGUCAAUGGGUACGACGAUGUGGUUCUGCAGGGCAAGCCAGAGGAGCCGGCGUUCGUUGCGUACUACACCAAGGGUGAGGAUGUGGUAGCCGUGGCCUCGAUGGGCAAAGACCCGUACGUAGCGCAAAGCAUUGAGCUGAUGCGCAGGGGAAACAUGCCGAGCAAGAGUGAGUUGCAGAAGGGAGUGGAUCUGAUGGACGUUGGUGUUCCAAGCGAGGUCAAGAUGUAGAAGAUGGU